AUUUAUUAGAAAUAGAAACUAUACAAAAGAGACACCAGAGAGGCAGAGAGACAGGCCAAGAGGGGUCUAAUCUGAAUUCUGAUGUGGUGGUGCAGAGGGAAAUGGCGUCAAUGACCGGCAACAGAAACACCACCACCAACAACAGCAACACAUGGAGAUCGAGCUCUUUGUCGAUAGGCGAGCGGCUAUGCGCUGCAUUCAUACCAUUCAUCACACUAGCGGAAGCGCUCGUGUUAGCCGCCGCUAGUUGCUUCAAUCACCACUCCAAAGAGUCUCGAUGCAGAUAUUAUGAUCUUGUUCGCCUUUCUAAGGACACUCUAUGUUCGUUCAUUCUCUCUCUGCCUCUCUCCGUUACUGUAAAUGAAGUAGAAGCCUUGUACGAGCUUUUCAAGAAGCUGAGUAGCUCCAUUAUUGACGAUGGAUUAAUACACAAGGAAGAGUUGCAGUUGGCAAUGUUCAAGACUCCAUCUGGUGAAAAUCUUUUUUUGGAUAGGGUAUUUCAUCUUUUUGAUGAAAAGAGAAAUGGUGUAAUUGAAUUUGAAGAGUUUGUCCAUGCACUCAGUGUCUUCCAUCCUUGUGCUCCUUUGGAGGACAAAAUUGAUUUUUCAUUUCGGUUGUAUGAUCUGAGACAAACUGGAUUUAUCGAGAGGGAAGAAGUUAAGCAAAUGGUAAUUGCAAUUUUAGUGGAGUCAGAAAUGAAUCUGUCAGAUGAACUUCUGGAAGUUAUCCUUGAUAAGCUUCAUUUUUUGGUCAGACGUUUGCUGAUGCUGAUGCUGACAUGGAUGGCAAAAUUAACAAAGAGGAAUGGAAGGCUUUUGUUCUUCGAAACCCCAACCUUUUGAAGAACAUGACUCUUCCUUAUUUGAAGGACAUUACUACAAUUUUUCCAAGUUUUGUCUUCAACACUGAGGUGGACGAAAGUAAUUGAAGAUGCAAGCACAAGAUGGGACUCCCAUGGGGUUUUUGAAAGCUUCAAGUCUGUGACUUCUCCUCGCCAUCAUUGCAGUUGGAAUUUUUCUCAGACAAGGGUUUCAAUCAAUGUUGAAGCAAUGUCUACAUCAUCCCUUGAGCUGGUAAAGGUGUUGGUUAUGUAAAGUGCACGACUGACCAUAUUAGCCGCAUCACUCCAUGUCAUUUAAACAUAUCCGGCUCUUCAAAUAGUGUAUCAAUUCAAGUCCAUAAAGAUGGUUGUACUUGUACAGUAAGCAGAAAAACUAGUUCUACUGAUUAGUUACGAUUUUCAGUAGAGUUAAUUUCAGCUCCCAUGGUCAUUACUUGUGCUUUUGUGUUUCCACAGCCUCCACUACAAAGCAUGGGUGUUAUUUUUUAUGCAUGUAAUGUAAUAUAAAUAUAUCCUUAUUUAAAUUAAAAAGAAUGUGUUUUCUACCA